AUCUCUCGUCUUCCAAUGCUACCACCACGACUGCCCACCGAACUCUGGCUGGAAAUAUUUCGCUGGGCGACCCUAACACCAUCUACUGAAUACUACAACACAACCACCUAUCAACCUUUCCAAGCCAUACUUACCGAUGCUCGAGACGAGUCUCUCGCAGUCAAGAAUGCGCUUAGUCGCGUCUGCAGGAUGUGGAACCAAUUGACCAAAGACCUCUUAUACGAGGAUCUCUGUAUUCCGAACAAGGAGAGCAUAGGGAAGAUAAGAGAACUCCUACAUGGUGAUCCGGUGCUUAGCAGGACCGUGCAGCGCAUAUACCUUCCCUAUUCCAGUUCAGUCACCGAAGCCAAAGCGACCUAUGUCGCAGACGUCAAUGUCAUUAUCAGAGAGUGUUCCGACUUGCGGACACUUGUCAGACCACUCUCAUACAAGAACGCUUUGUACGCGUCUCCGUUCGAAUUCGCAGCAGAGGCUUGUCCUCCAUUACCGACUCUCAAGCGACUAGAUUGGUGGCAUCAUAAUGAGGCUUCCAGGACGGGGGGAAUAAAUUCCCUCAUGGACGUCUUACGUGCCGCACCAAACGUCGAGUACUUAUCUUUGGGCGGACAGCUCUGGUUGAGCUUCUUGGAUUGUCCCUCCAUAGAGUUACCGAUGCUCACUACCCUGCGUCUUCGUCGCGUGAACAUACUGUUCGUACAGCAAAUCUGCAAAUGGUCCCUCCCAUCCCUACGGACUGUCAUCGUCGACACGAUCAUCACCCAUUAUCCGUUAUUGGAUUUGUUUUGGGAGACAUUCGGAGCGCAGCUGAGGACAGUGGAAUUGGGGAGGAGUCUGAAGUUCCUUACGGACGAGACCGCUAUCCAUAAUGUUCUAACAGGGUGCCCAAACCUUGAGGAGCUGAACUACUACGUCCAGUUCACUCAGAAGCCAUAUCCACCCAGAGAGCCUCAUGCCUCCCUCGCCGUCGUUGGUUUAAAUUGUCAACGACCUGACAUGCCGGUGAACUUCUGGCUGCAUUUGGAGGACCAUUUCAGGGCUUGGAGCCAUAGCUCUUAUCCGGCUUUGAAGCAGAUCGUGUUGUAUGAUAGUCCGAAGACGGAGUUGGACGAGCGCCCCCUCCAGGACGCUACAUAUACCGUGCGAGGGCGAGGUUGUAAGGUGACUGUCGCGUAGCCCGGCAUCGAGUUCAAAUAUAAUGUAGCAUCACAUCCCUUAUCGGUACAACUGAGAAUGACAAUAGAAUUGUGAGU